AUGACUCCUACAAUGUUCUCCACAACAAUCGCCCUCCUGGCGCUAGUCGCCAACCUCUCUCCUCUCGCCUUGGCGCACAGCUGGGUGGAAGAGUUCCAGGUCAUCUCCCCGAAUGGCUCCUUCGUUGGCGAGCGCGGCUACUCACGAGGCUUCGUUGCCCGAGACGAUCCAACUUUCACCGGCUUCAGUGAGGAGUGGAUACUGCCUGCCCUUGCCUUGACGAAUGCAGAUGGGACAACACGAACACGCAUCAAUUCGAGCGACAAUCUUUGUCACCCAGCACAACGGACUGCGAACUACACCGCGAAGUUUCCAAAGCUCAAGGUCAGCCCGGGUGACUACGUCGCCGCGAAGUACCUUGAAAACGGCCAUGUCUCGCUUCCAUGGAACAUCACAGGCAAGCCUCCCGGCGGCGGUACUGUUUUCAUCUACGGUACCACAACCCCGUCUCCAGAAGAGAAGAUUGUCGACGUCCUGAAGUGGAACAGCGAAGGUACUGGCGGCAACAAGAAGGGUUUCCUAAUGACUGCUCAGAACUUCGACGACGGCCGAUGCGCUCAGAUCAACUGUGGCAGUAUCUCUCAGCAAAGGCAUAUGCUCCAACCCAACCACAUGGCGGGACAACCGACUUCAACGUUUGAGUCUUGGUGUGAGAAUGAUCUUAAGAUUCCCGAGAACACCCAGGCUGGCACUUUGACGGUCUACUGGAUCUGGCAGUGGCCAACGGAGCCCAACAUGGACUGCAACAACCCUGCGGGCAAGGACGAGUACUACACCACUUGUGCCGACUUUGAUGUUGUCGACAGCUCUGAAAAUCAGAAGAUCAAACAGAUUCCUUUCAGCGUUGGCGCCGGUGGCAACCCACGGUCUGUAGCUGUGAGCAACUACAAGUCUCGGACCGCCUACACGACAUCUCCAUCCAUAAUUAGCAUGCAGGGCACCAAGACUAUGGGCGACGUAGCUUCCCUUGCUACCUCCUUCGUAAGCCAAUGCAGCGCCGAUGCCAGUGUCAAGUCUGGCCUCGUCCUAUGGCCACAGGUGUACGUCCCAAACACUUGCGCUGUGGUGAGCACAUUUGGUGCUGCCGCUGCUUCCUCUGCCGCUGCAGUCUUCAACAAGGCUGCCUCUGCGUACUCGGCAAGCUCAUCCGCGGCAGUCAGCUCUGCCUACGCGGCAGCCAACAUGAAAAUCCCCAAGGAGACCCCAUGGUCGCAGGCACCAGCAUCACAAGGUCAGCAGGCCACUGCGACCACAGCGCCAGCUUCGACUCCGAGCUCCGCCGCAGCUGCGACUUCCACACCAGCGUCCUACAGCAGUGCCUCGGAUGCGGACUCCGUUCAAGUCACCACAAUAACCACUGUGAUCGUCCUGACUUCAACUAUCCCAGCUGGUCAGACUGCUCCUCCCACAACUUCCUCCGCGGACGCUUCUGGCUCCUCGGCGCUCUCAAGCGCUGCCGCCUCAGCACCGUCCAGCGCUGCCUCGGCACCUUCUAGUGCUGCAUCAUCAGUCUCCUCUGAUGUUCCGAACUCCUACAGUAUCCAAACGGUGGCCACUGUUGGCGGCGUAGCUGCCAGCUCAGCUGCUGCCAAGGUCCGACGACACCCUCGUCACUUCGAAGCGAUGUGA